AGGGAACUCAAACCAGAAAUGGACAAAUGAGCUCAAAGCGGGUUCGCUCUGGGGGUUCUGGCAAGGAUCGGAUACAGUUGCACGAAGAGACCCGAACCAAGAUCAGGUUUCACGCCAGCCCGGUAACGUUAUGGUACUGUACUGUACAUACAAUAUACAGACCUAAGUACAGUACAGACGCCAUAUCCCUCGAAAUGGGACAACUAUAAUGAGUAGUUAAGACAUGGAAGGGAGACAUUGCGUUCUUUUGAGUGCUGCUUGACCGCAUGGUUUGCUGGGGCUAGCGAUCGGAUUUUGAAUUCUUCAAUGGUCAAUGGGCAAACAACGGCCUUGGGAAUUGAGACCGAUUUUGGGACAGGCGGGCCAGGGCAGGGCCAGACAUGGCACAUCCCACCAUUGGGUGCGGGACACAAGCCGGGUCCCCAGAUCAGGCGAUGAUUGCAGGAUAUCACAUGCCCCGAAUCCUCCACUGGAUUGCCCUAGCGGCAACGAUUGUCAUCCGCUUAAUACAGGGCAGCCAAAAGCAGUAUGUGUAUAAGGUCGGGUAGUGUGGUGUACGGAGUAAACUGGUCGUUUUCGACUAUACAUGUACUAUCACCAUAGUAGCAUCUACAUAACCGGUUGUGCUAUGUGGCAGAACGUCUACGUACGACAUACACUACUAGUCCUAGCCUUGAG